GCAAAAGUGAUUAUUAAACGAUAGAACCAUUGUGACUAAUUAGUAGAAAGUCUAAAGUUUCCGUUUUACGAAUUGUGUGAGGUGUUUGUGAAAUAGUAAUUUAGUCGGUUUUUCGGUGAAAGAGAAUAGUUUGAUGAAGUUUCAAGAUCUUGUUAAAAAUCGCGUCAGCUUAUAAAUAGUAAUAAAACAUGCUGUUUUCAGUUAUUAAUGAGACAGUGGUGUAGUCAAGUUAGCGGAAUAAUUAUUGUAAUUUAACGAAUUUAUAUCAGUUUCUUAAUAUUGAGGAUCUUCAAGGAUUUUGUUAUUUAUGCGAGCGUGUCACGGUAAACCAGAUAGCCUGUGGUAAACAAUAAUUGAAGAGUAUAAUAUUUUAUGAAACAAGUUAUAGUGACGCCAAUGACUGCUGGUAAAUCCAGUGUUAUUUACAUACAUCUUAACUAAAAAGAAAGAAAAAGACGCAGAAUAGUUUCUGAACCUGAGGAAUAACAAUGUCAGUGUUUUGAAGUUCUUCACAAUGACAACAAAACCGAUACUUAACUGUUUUAUAUUGUUAAUUGUUUGUGGCUCUUCUGCGUUUGCGCAAGUGGGAGAUGGCUGCGUAGUAAAAUCCACAGGCGUCCGAGGGGUUUGCAAGAUAUCCUCAAAUUGUCCCAUUGUCGAAGAACAAGCACAGAAUGGAAUAAGUCCAACAAUAUGUGGUUACUACCAACUAACAGUUCCGAUAGUCUGUUGCGAAGACAGCCCCUUCGUCCAACCAAACGAUGAUACGUUACUGAAUCCAGAACCCAAUCUGAAUAACCAGGAACCAAAUUACUCCAACAGCCGGGAACCAAGUUAUUCCAAUCACCGAGAACCGAGUUACUCCAACAACCGGGAACCGAGUUAUUCCAACAACCGAGAGCCAAGUUACUCCAACUCCAACAACCGGCGACCAAAUCCCUCCUUAAACCGAGAACCGAACCCCAACGUAUUUCCAGCCGGUGAACCCGAUGCUGUGGUAUACCCUUCUGACUCGGACAAUCAGCCCUCGCGGCCCCAAGUGACUCAUACAAGUAAAAGCGAGCAAAAGUGUCAAGAGUACAGUAAAGCUGUAACUGGUGUCGUUCAGGCAAUUCCUUUAGUGACUAAUACUGAGGCAGUUAGCUUCAGCUUUGUCAAGUGUGACUACAAUGGAGUGGCGUUGAUCGUCGGGGGCAAGCCUGCCUCUGCUGGGGAAUUCCCAUUUAUGGCGGCCAUUGGCUUUUACGUAGAUAACAAAAUCGAGUGGCGAUGUGGGGGCACACUAAUCAGUGAGGAGUAUAUUUUAACCGCCGCCCACUGUACUUACACCCGCGAUGGGGACACGCCGAAGAUUGUUCGAUUGGGAGACCUUGACUUAUCUCGCGAUGAUGAUGGCUCAAUUUACGCCGAUUACAAUAUAAGGAACAUUGUAGUCCAUCCUCGGUACCGCUACCCCCUCAAAUACAACGACAUUGCCCUCAUCCAACUCUCAACAACAGUCAGAUUUACAAAAUUCAUACGACCUGCUUGUCUUUACACCAAAUCACAAGUGGAGCUACCACAAGCAGUGGCAACCGGUUGGGGCAAAACUGAUUAUGCCGCUGCUGAAAUUAGUGAAAAGUUGAUGAAAGUCUCGCUAAAUAUUUACAGUAAUGAACGAUGUGCUCAGACGUACCAAACAAGCAAACAUUUACCACAAGGGAUCAAAUCUAACAUGAUUUGUGCAGGGGAGUUGAGGGGGGGCAUGGACACGUGUCAAGGGGACUCUGGAGGGCCCUUGCUUAUCACGAAAAAGGGCAACCAAUGCAAGUUCUACGUCAUCGGAGUCACUUCAUUCGGAAAAUCCUGUGGACAGGCCAACACGCCCGCUAUUUACACCAGAGUCUCAGAAUACGUGCCAUGGAUCGAAAAAACCAUCUGGUAAAAAUCACACUCUUAAUGACAUUGUUUAUUUUAUCAUUCACAUACAAUACGUAUUAGAAAAUUUUAUAAUUUCAAGUACUGUAUAAAAGAAGAAUAAAGUUGUACUUAAACGUA